GCGGCGGUGAGUCGAGAGACGGGGAUGAGGUCACGCUUGUCCGGCCUGGUGCAGGAAGAGAUCGCGGCUCAGUCUGGCGCUGGGGGGUGGGUGCGAGAUUUGCUCUUCCACUAACAAACCUGUCAUCAAGACAACGAUUCAUUGAGUACCCAGAACUCUGUGCCACUCUUGGCAGUUCCAGGAGAGUGACAUGGGGAAGAGUUGUAAAGUGGUGGUGUGUGGGUUGGCAUCUGUUGGAAAAACUGCCAUUUUGGAACAACUACUGUAUGGAAACCAUGCUGUUGGUUCUGAGACAAAUGAAACUUUGGAAGAUAUUUACGUUGGUUCUAUAGAGACAGACCGUGGUGUCCGGGAACAGGUCCGUUUUUAUGACACCAAAGGCCUGAGAGAAGGCACCGAGCUGCCCAAGCAUUACUAUUCCUUUGCUGAUGGGUUUGUGCUGGUGUACAGCAUAGACAGCCGGGAAUCCUUCAAACGGGUCGAAGCUCUGAAAAAGGAAAUUGACAGAUCUCGCGAUAAGAAAGAGGUGACCAUUGUCAUUCUGGGAAACAAGUGUGACCUUCAGGAAGAGCGACGUGUAGAUUAUGAUGCCGUACAGCAGUGGGCAAAGCUGGAGAAGGUUAAACUCUGGGAGGUGUCCGUGGCAGAGCGCAAGACUUUGAUCGAGCCUUUUGUCCAUCUGGCCAGCAAGAUGACGCAACCUCAGAGCAAGGCCACCUUUCCCCUUAGUCGGAAAAAGGGGAGUGGUUCAAUUGACACUUGAUAACAAAUGCAGAGAUGCCAUUGAAGUGCAAUAUUUUAUUUCAUUCCUGCAAAGUUUAUAUCAUGAAGAGCUAUUCUUAUUUAUGAUAAUGUUUUUUCUUCACUCAUGUAAUAAAUCUAUUGAGCCUUAUCAAAGCUAAAUCUUAAAA